UUCACUGUUGUGGACCAUCGGUCACAAUUUUUUUUUAUCCUUGUUGUCACAACAUAACUUGAAUGUGCAUCUCUUGCUGCGAAUACAAUUGACGCUGAAAGUAUUAAAGGCAGGGUCAUUCUAAUGAGCUACGUAUCUAUCCUGUCCAUCAUGGAGCCUGAUAUCGACUCUCCAUUCAGCGACCUUCCUAUCGAGAUUUUCUUGACCAUCUGCAAAGACGCAGCCCAGCCGACGUUUUCUCAAAGGGAGAAAUAUGACAUCAAAAAUCCUUACUCGACCGCCCUCUCCUUAUGUCUCGUCUCUCGACUUGUCAGACGCAUCAUCCUCCCCGAUUUCCUGCACACGAUCUUGCUCCGCCGACAUCACAGCUUGAAGAAGUUCGCAAAUGCCCUGCUUAUGCAGAAAGCGUACGCUGAGAAAGAAAGCGAUCUUUUCUUUGACUAUACCUCCGCUAUACAGAGGAUGUGGAUGAGUAAUGCAUUUGACUAUUUCGUCUAUGCAGAACCCCGCCCGCCGAGCAACAACAGGUUUACCUUUUAUAAGAGAUUAUGCUCAAAAAUGAACGAGCUCGGGCGCAACAGCGUGCAAGAUGCGUGGUCUUCUCGCACAGAUAUCAAUGUCGGCGGACACGCUUCUUUUGCUGGGAAAACCAAAAAUCUAACAAUAAUACGUCGAGGCGAUGACUUGGACACCUGGACAGGCCGGAUCCCGGACGUGUUUUCCAAUGAGAUCAAAGAAUCUGUUUUCCUUGCAUCAAUCCCGCAUCUCACUCAUCUAAUCGAUUUGGCUGAGGAAUCAAACACUUUUCGUGGCAUCAGCCAUGGUGUGCACUCGCCAGGAGACUCACUGUUUUUCUGGAUGAAGGACACUACGUGGGCUUGUAUGAAGAGCCUUGAAACCCUUUCAGUGGUCUACCCGCAUCUGCCUCCCCUCCACGAUUUGAAGUCAAUUUCAUAUGCUGCAUAUGCCACAAGGGGAAUAGACUUGCAUGUGGAGCGACUCACGGUGUCUGCUGCCCUUUACAAGCAGGAUCCUGACUCCUUCCCGUGGGGGCCACCGUGGUUUCCUGUGACGGAUCCUGGAAAUAAGAGGAUACAAUCGGAUGGUGUUUCCUUCGAGGUUACGCGUGAUAAGACCUACUUUUCACAAUAUUUUUGCUCUUGGGAUAAAGCUUGGGCCUGUGGGUUAACCGACGGAUGAGGGGUACUGGAUGUUAAGCAGAUGAUGAUAAAGGCUUUGAUAUGACUAUCCUGGGAACACGGACGUGAGCUCAGGGAUAGAAGUAGAUGUCGGAGCACUGCCCAUUAAACUACUCUUAAUUAGUAUAGCAUGAUCUGCGAUCCCACAGUUUCUUUCUGUGAUAUUAUCAGUCAAAAACAUGUUAUCCAUUGCAGAACCACUG